AUUAACCUGUCCAUCCUGAUAUCAUAUUGUCAUGCAUACUGAGAACUAAGAGUGUGACAUCAGGGCAUUCUGCAAAUGCUUUCAAAUAUAUUAAUGAAGAGUAUAUCUGCAGGACCUAUAUGUUUAUGUUCUCAAUUGCCGUUGCAGCUUUCAAUGCAAUCCUGAGUCAAACUAUCUUUCAAUGAAAAAAGGUUAUCAUUUUUUGCCAUGAAAGAUGAUCCCAAAAUUGGUUGAACAUCUUUUUUCGUGAGAACAAAUCUGGAAUUAACGUGUUAGUCACUGCUCAGGUUGCAGUUUUGAACUAGUCUGUUGGUUGCUUCCUCUAGUUCUUCUAAGCUGAAACUCUUCAUUCUUCCUGCAGUAGCUUUGUUUAUAAGACAUUAACUGUUGUGAAAGCAGGUCAUUGUUUACUAGUAGUUUAUAUCACGUUUUUUGUUUAUUUUUCUCUUAUAUUCUUGGAUGGGCUACUGGCUGAUACUUUUUCUAGGAGCAUCUGACGUCAAAACUGAAUACUUCAGUAGUUGGCCAGUAGCAUUUUGUUGACAGCCUACCCAUGUAGCACUACGUAACAGAUAUUUCAAAGGCCCUUGUAUUUGUACCGGAGACACAACUUGAUGCUUCUAUGAUACGGUACUGAAAAACAGAGGGCAUUUCAUACAAUAUGAAGCAACUUAUGUUAAGGUAAUCUUAAAAAGGGUUAUGGCACUACCAUGUUAAUCUCUGCCAUACUGUUAGCUAAUUUUAUUCAAUAUUAGCACUAUUUGUAUAGAUUCUCGGGACAUCUUUUUCUCUUGGAAUAUUUUUCGGAAUAGUAAGGUGAAUCUUAUGUACCAUCCUCUGUUUUAUAUUUUGCCAUUUUAGAUGCUCUUUUAAAUUUGCUUUAGUUGUAUUGUUUACAAACUCCUCUGAAGACAUGUAGACUGGAAUUAGAGAAAAGAGAAUGAAAAUGUUGAAGACUAUAUUACCUUACCCAAGAGAUGGUCCCAGAGAUGAUAUCUUAACCAAAGCUUGGUCUUAACAUUUAAGGUAAUGCAAUAUUUUUUUCUCAGUUAUACGAAUGUCAUCUCUUCGUAUACACUUUUCAAUUAAAUCUCAGUCUAGGCAUGCAAGUACUAUCUGUCAGAUAUAGUGUAGUUAUAAAAUCUUACAGAAUUUCAAACACAGAAAUUGUAGACUUGCUGGUGGUCCUGAAAUUAAGAAUCAAGUUGUAUGAGGCGAGGAUGGUGGUACACAUUUGUUUAUUCCUGAUGUUAGGUUGUAGAAAUCGGAAGAAAUGAGAUCUCAGCUGUGUGCAUCCAUUAACACAACGGAGAGCUCUGAUCUCAAAUGAAGAUCAUUUGUGUGUCUCUUCUCUCAUGCCUAGUUUAGCUUGUGGGAAUUAUAGAAAUAAGAUUAAUGCAAUGAAGGCGAGGGAAUGGGGUCUGUUAAGGAAGAGUAAAUAGCAUAAAACUACUAGUUUACAGGCUAGGGUUCCAAAAAAUUAUCACUUUUUAAUUUUUCUCAGAAAGCUACCAGUCGCGCGGUCUGCUGUUUCAAAAAACCCAAACCCGCGGUAACUAGCGAUUUAACCGUUUUCCUGACCGCCUGGACCCACCUGUCAGCCACGUGGCCACGCGCGCUCACGACGCGGCCGUUGACGGCCGUUAGGCAGGCCGGUUCGGUCGGAACUGGGUAAAUACCCCCUCGGUCGGUCGGGCGCACCCUGCUCGCUCACUCUCACUCCCCUACUCCCACUCCCCUGCUCCAGUACGAGCUCGCCGCCGGUCGCCGUCUUUGAGACCGGUUGCCGUCGACCUCCUUGCCGCAAUGCCUUCCUGGAACGACGAGGAAACGAGCUUCGAGGAGGAGUGUGAGGUCGUCAGCAUGGACAUGGGACUUAUGGUAAGUUUUUCUUUGCCACUAGGGUUAGGGUUAGGUGCUAGUAGAGCAGCCAUGGAUGUUGCUGAGUGUGGUGUUGUUGUUGUCUCUGUGAUACUGAUCUUGUUGAGGGUGGGGUUUGAUUGUAGGAUUGAGGUAACACCUAGGGUUCAUCUCUGUACAGUGUUAGGGUUCAUGCUAAUUUGGGGAUUUUACAGUGUUCAGGGUUAAUGAACAGUGCAAGUUGAUUGUGGUAUUGAGUGCAGUGUUCUGUUGGUCAUUUUGGUUGCAGGAGGAACCAGACACCAUGUGGAGCCCCUUUUCUGUGGCCAACUUGAGCUUGCUCAACCCAAGUGCAUUCUGCACCAAAUGAGGCCUAUUAAGCGUGUUGCUUUUGAAGGCAUUGUGACAGGAAGGCGUUUCUAUGGUUGCCCAGUCUAGGAAAAUGGUGUGAAUUGUGGUGUUGUAGAGUGGGUUGAUGGGCCUUGGCCUCCUGUUCUUCAGAGAUGUCUUUCCAAGCUAUGGGAAAUGUUCCAUGAGCAGAACUGUGGAAGGGUACUUGACAAGGAGAAGUUUGAGAAGGAGUUGGCCAAGCUUAAGUGUGAACAUGAAAGGGAGUUGGCCAAGCUUAAGAUGAAAAAUGACAAGCUUUGCAUUGAGUACACCAAGCUUGUUGAUGAUGUAUCCAAGAUGUUUGAUUGGCAGGAUGGUAGGGUGGACAAGAAGGUGUACCAGAAACAAGUGGAGGAGGAAGAACUUGAGAAGAAGAAGAAGAAGGAGCUAGAGGAGAAAGCUAUGUUGGAGGUGCAGAUGGAAAAGCUCAAACUUGCAAAAGAGCAGAGGUGCAUUUUGCAGAGCCAAGCUGAUAUCAUCAAGAACACCAGGAAGGCUAUGAAGGAUGUUGAAGUUGACAGAGAUGUUCUUAAAAAGGAGAAGGAAAAGCUUGAGCUUGUUGUUGCUGAGCUGCUGAAAGAUGGGUAUGGCAGCAAGGAGAAGUUAGAGCAAAUCAAGGCCAUCCUUGAGUCUUGAAGUUGCUGUGAUAUGUUGGUGAAGUAAGUACAUCCAAGGCCUUUAUAUAAGGAUGUGGCCUAACAGUCUGAAGUGGGGUGUACAUUUUGGGGGAAUGUGAAGUUUAACCUAGUGUUUGGUCAUGCAUUUGAACUUUAGUUUCUUAUGUAAGAACCUUAUUUCCUAUGUUGUUAAGUAAGUUGUCAUGGAUCACCUAUGUUGUUAAGUAAGUUGUAAUUGAUCUCCUAUGCUAUUAAGUAGUGGAAAUGGAUCUCUUAUGCUACUAAGUAGUAGAAAUGGAUCUUGUAUGCUAUUAAGUGUUCAAAUUUAUCUUCUAUCUUUUA